CUACGGAGACAUCUCCAUCAUGGCAAACGAGCAGGCGGAGGAGAAGGGCACUGGCUCUCAAUUGGAGUCGCUAUCAUCUCUGUAUAGCCAGCUUGAUACGCUCUGGGCGCAAUACCUUGACCUGGUGGACGAUUACAUUACUGCUCAGGCUGCUAUCAAGGAGCAUAUGUCAUCGGGAUUCUUCUCACUCGCACAAGCCAACUUCAAGUCAUCUCGCGGAAGAUACGGGCAAGAUUAUUAUGAUGAAAGGGCCGUUGCGACUACACGCACCAUUGUGGAAGCCCAGGACCAGGGCAUUUCUAUGAGAGUCGUGAAGAAUGCAGUAGCAGUCGAAGCAUCGUCCACAUCAAAAGCCACGAGUGAUGGAAGCGAGGAACAAGGCCUUCCAGAUAAGCAAAGCGAAGAGUCCACGGAAAAGUCUCACCCUGCGGACUACCCCACCCCGGCUGCCACUCCUGAGCCAGAAGGCAAACAAGAGCCAUUGAAUGUCAGGAAUGCAACUCUUCAAGAAACUCGGAAACCAGGAGUUAAGAUGAAUUCAAGUGAGAAUGUAUCAGAAAUUCAGACUGCGAAGCCCAAGAUUGAUCCUCGGGAUCCCAUCCGCUGGUUCGGGAUUCUAGUUCCUCCGACUUUACGACAAGCACAGGCGUCUUUCAACAGUGCCUUAUUGGACAGUCAGAGCUUGUCAAAGGCACUGAAUGGCUCGCGGAGGAUGAGAGAGGUGGAGGCCGAAAUCAGGAAGCUGAGAAAGAUUAUUAAGAAGGCUGAGAAGACGAUUGAAUCCAGCGCUCAAUUGCCGGUUCAAGACGAAGUACAAGCUUCUUCGUGAGCAGAGAAUGAUGUGUUAGGGUUCUCGUUGGUCGUCAUGUCGACAGCCGCUGCAUCAAAGCCCGCAACAAAAUUUCAACCCACACCGUCCCUUUCUGGUGCACAUACGAUGGAGUACGAUCGAUGUACCACUCUUGAAGACUGAAAGAAACCUGAAGAUGCUCAAUAUCAGCGCAAUCGGCGUUCUGGUCCCGGCUGUUCACCAAAAAAUGCAAAAAGUGAAAUUUUCAAUGUUGAAGGCUGCAGGAUUCGCUGGUAUACUGUUAGCUACCGUUCCGACGUCUUCAGGGACAAUCCUGGAGAUUACUAACAACCUGCGCUCGCAAUGAAUUGCCGUCCAAUGCUCAGAAGAGACACCUUAAGACAACGCCUUAACCGCUCGGCCAAACCUCCUUGUUGUUGAUGAAUAUCCAAACUUGGAGUUGCUUUAUGAGAUCUCAGC